CACCCCCACGGGCCGCUGGCAAAGUGGGGUGGGGAGCGAGGCGGGGGGGGUGGGGGCCGGUGCGGCGGCCGGGGCGGCGGGUCGGCCGAGCAUGGAAGAACAGCAGCCGGAACCUAAAAGUCAGCGCGACUCGGGCCUCGGCGCGGCGGCGGCGGUGGCGGCGGCGCCGGGCAGCCUCGGCCUGAACCUCAGCCCAGGAGCCAGCGGCAGCAGCGGCAGCGAUGGAGACAGCGUGCCGGUGUCCCCUCAGCCCGCGCCCCCCUCGCCGCCCGCGGCGCCCUGCCUGCCGCCCCUGGCCCACCACCCGCACCUCCCCCCGCAUCCCCCGCCCCCCCCGCCGCCGCCGCCGCCGCCGCAGCAGCAGCAGCAUCUUGGGGCGCCUGCUCACCAGCCGCAGCCCGCGGCCCAGCUGCACCGCACUACCAACUUUUUCAUCGACAACAUCUUGAGGCCGGACUUCGGCUGCAAAAAGGAGCAGCCGCCGCCGCAGCUCCUGGUGGCUGCGGCGGCCGGAGGAGGCGCAGGAGGAGGACGAGUAGAGCGUGACAGAGGCCAGACCGGCGCAGGUAGAGAUCCUGUCCACCAGCUGGGCACGCGGGCGCAAGGCGCCUCCUCGCUCCUGUGCGCACCGGACGUGAACUGUGGCCCACCCGACGGCUCCCCACCAGCCGCCGUUGGCGGCGCCGGAGCGUCCAAAACUGGGAACCCCGCAGCGGCGGCAGCUGCAGCAGCCGUGGCAGCGGCGGCGGCGGCCGCAGCAGCGGCCAAGCCCUCGGACAGCAGCGGCGGCAGUGCAGGCGGCGUGGGGAGCCCAGGUGUACAGGGUGCCAAGUACCCGGAGCACGGCAACCCCGCCAUUCUGCUUAUGGGCUCAGCCAACGGCGGGCCCGUGGUCAAAACUGACUCGCAGCAGCCCCUCGUAUGGCCCGCCUGGGUCUACUGCACGCGCUACUCUGAUCGUCCGUCCUCCGGUCCGCGCACCAGGAAGCUGAAGAAGAAAAAGAAUGAGAAGGAGGACAAGCGGCCGCGGACGGCGUUUACGGCGGAGCAGCUGCAGAGACUGAAGGCGGAGUUCCAGGCGAACCGCUACAUCACGGAGCAGCGGCGGCAGACCCUGGCCCAGGAGCUCAGCCUCAACGAGUCCCAGAUCAAGAUCUGGUUCCAGAACAAGCGCGCCAAGAUCAAGAAAGCCACGGGUAUCAAGAACGGCCUGGCGCUUCACCUCAUGGCGCAGGGACUGUACAACCACUCGACCACCACGGUUCAGGACAAAGACGAGAGCGAGUAGCGGCCGCCGGCUGGGGCCGCGCGGUCAGGCCGCAGUGCCCGCGCCUCCUCCCGGCACCGCCUCUGCGGCCUCGCCGGCCCCGCGCCGGGAGAAAGGAUCGGCGCGAAGGAGGGAGGGAGCGACAGGGAAGAGAGUGAGAAGGAGUUCCUCCGAAUGGAGAAUCACGUUUGAACGAAAGGUUUUUAAAAAUCGAGAAAGACUCGGACAGGUGCUAUCGAAAAAUUAGUUCUCUCUAUUCACAGUUUAAGGGACGAAACUACGAACUCCUUAAAGCUCUAUCUAGCCAAACCGCUUACGACCUUGUAUAUAUUUAAUUUCAGGUAAGGAAAAGAAAUGUGUAGCGAUCUCUAUUUGCUGGACUUUUUAUUAAUCUCCUUUAUUAUUAUUGUUAUAAUUAUUAUAAUUAUUAUAAUUAUUUUAUCUCCCACCUUCGCCUCGCUGCCCCCGGCCCAGUUUCGUUUUCGUUGCCUUUUUCUUUUGAAUGUUACUGCUUCUCCGGUGCCUCCCGCCCCGCAUCGCUGGCCCUCGUUUCUCUGGGACUUUUCUUUGUGUGUGUGAGAGUGUGUUUCCUUGCGUGUCUGCCCUUUGCCUCCCCCGCACCUCUCCAGCCCUUCUGUCGGUCUGUCUGUCCGAGUCCCCUUUCGUUUUCUGGAGAUGUGUUGAGAAAUACGACCCCACAGACUGCGAGACUGAACCGCCGCUACAAGCCAAAGAUUUUAUUAUGUUCAGAAACCUGUAGUCUGAAAUAAAGUGUACAC